UUGAUGUUUUGCUGCGAGAUGGGUAGUCGGGAAACACAUCGUCUUUGAAUCUGUCGAUAUUUUUCGUGGGUAGAGAUGUUUCUUGAGACCAUUUCUGAUCGUUUUGGGUUUGAGGUGGUGAGUGCGAAGGGAGUUGUGUUUUCCUCUGGGAUCUUUCUGGCUUCGAUUGCCAUUUACGUCCUGGGAUGCGGCAUAUAUAAUCUAUUCUUCCACCCACUCCGACACGUUCCUGGACCUCUUCUCGCGCGGGCGGGUCCCCUUCCAUAUGUGAUCAAGACGCGCAGUGGCGAAAUUGCCAAAUGGAUCACGCAGUUGCACGAAGAAUACGGAGAUGCGGUUCGCGUGGCUCCAAAUGAGGUUUCGUUUACUUCAGCAGACACUGCAUGGUCUGAUAUUUAUGGCUUCCGCACGGGCAAGUACAAGGGUACAGGAACGUACCUGAAAGAUCACGCGUGGUAUCCCAAACCCAUUGCUGGCGUACGGUCUAUGCUCAGCGCUGACGAAGAAGCCCACUCUCGCCAGCGUCGUAACCUUUCGCACUUGUUUAGUGAAAAGUCGCUUCGGCAGCAGGAAUCUCUUCUCCAGGGCUACGUCGAUCUGCUUGUCCAGCGAAUGGGUGAGCAUGCUGCACGAGGCGAAGUCAUGGACAUUGUUCGCUGGUACAACUACAUAACCUUUGACAUCAUCGCCGACCUCGCCUUUGGCGAAUCUCUCUACUGCUUGCGCGACUCGGAGAACCACGAAUGGAUCGACCUAGUCUACAGUGCGUCGAGCGUGGCCAGCAUAAUGUCAACCCGCAAGUACGGCUUUGUAGGAUUCUACGACUGGGCUCGCAACCUCUUCCAGGACACAAGGCAGAACGAAGAGCGCCGCCGCCAAUUCAGUCUCAAAGCCUCGGCCAAAGUAUCGGAGCGCCUCGCACAGAUCGAAAACGGCGACGACGACAAACCGGAUUUCUUCGGCCAGCUCAUGCGCAACCACGUCAGCGAGGAGAAGCGGCUGUCGCGCGCCGAAAUGGAUGCAAACGCCGUUACGUUUCUGACUGCCGGCAGCGAGACAACUGCUACCACGCUAUCUGGAUUUACUUUUUUCGUUCUCCGACACCCGGAGAUUUAUACCAAGAUGGUGCAAGAAAUCCGCUCCGCAUUCACCUCUCUCGCAGACAUCAAUGCGGAAAAAGCAUCGCAGCUUCCCUACCUCACCGCUUGCAUCCAGGAAACACUGCGUAUGUACCCCCCCGUCCCCACUGCUUUCCCACGCGUUGCUCCACAAGGCGGAGGUAAUGUCUCGGGACACUACAUUCCAGGAGGUACUUCUGUGUAUGUUAGUCAAUAUGCCAUGUACCAUUCCUCGCGCCAUUUCAAAGACCCAGAUGUGUUUGUGCCGGAACGAUGGCUCGAGGGGGCGAAUGGAGAGUAUAGUGGGGAUAAAAAGGAGGGAUGGAAUCCGUUUAGUUUUGGACCGAGGAAUUGUAUUGGCAAGAAUCUCGCUUGGGCCGAACUCCGUCUUAUCAUUACUUCCGUCUUUUUCUCGUUUGAUCUCGAGCUUGUGGAUAAAGAGAGCGAUUGGAUGGCGGUGCAGAAGGUGUUUACGCUUUGGAAGAAACCGGGGUUGAUGGUUAGGUUGAAGGCUGUGAAGGAGUAGGGGGUGGAGUGAGUAAUGAAAUUGAGCGAGCGACUGAGAUAAUGUUCAUAGGCCGUUUCUUCCCAUACUUAGCGACUUCUUAUUCCACAUUUCACAUACCCUCUUUUAUCGUCAUUAUCCAUCUCCUGUUAUCUCUCACCAGGAUGACUGCGCUGAACUAUAUAGCACCUCAACGUUUUUCCAUAUCAAAUUUCAGCCUUGAUAUUACUUGUCUAUUCCACUCAUACCUCCUCGUGUAACCUUCCCUAUUUCUCAAACUUUGUUGUAGUUACAUGUGAAACCUUUUUCUCUCCAAAAGAAUUCAACAAAAAGACCCAUGCAUAUGCAUAUGUACAUAAGUACAGCACAUGUGUAUGUAAUCUCAUCUAAGCACUAAC